UGCUCAGUGCUCAGUGCUGCUAUACUAGCAACGGCAAUAAACACAGGAUCGGGCUAAACGAGACUGCAACUUUGAUGGAAGAAUUGUUAAAUCGUUAAAUCUUCUUAAUACUUGUUCAGAAUUAUUCAGUCAUGUCGAACAAAAUUUUUCAAAUAUACGCUAAAGAUUUUCUGCCGCGUAUCAAAAUUCGUAUAGAACAAAUUCGACAUGGACAUCGUAUACGAGGGAAGCCACCGAUGAUUGCUCGUACCCUAAAGCAGCGACUCGAAUCCUUAAACAGAGAGGAUCCAAAAGUAUCGUUUAAAGUAGACAUAGGUUUUGCCGUACCAAAACCGUCCAAGGAUGUCAAAAAAAUUUGGUGGACUAAGAGGACGGCUAUAAGAUCGGAUCCCGAAAUGGAGAGACGAUCGAGAAAUAGAUCGUUGUUUGUCGAUUUAAAUUACGUAAAGGAGAGUUGGUUAGAAACGAAUAGUCCGUUUGACAUUCGUAGAAUCGCCGAGCAUUACGGAAUUUUUCAACAUCUGUUCGGCGAUGCAUAUUUUGCACCUGUUGUACCAUUACAAAUUAAUUAUAAUCUCGACGACGAUAAGUCUGUUGGAGUACAUAAGGGAAAUGUUAUAAAACCUAAAGAAGCGUGCAAGCCUCCAGUCGUUGAAUACAAAGCGCAAACGGGGACACUAUGGACACUGGUAAUGUCUACGCCGGAUGGCAACAUGCAAAAUUCAGAGGACGAGUACUGCCAUUGGUUUCUUGGAAAUAUUCCUGAGAACAAACUGGAAUGUGGAGAGCAAAUAAUGGAUUACUUAAGACCGAUUCCAGUUAGAGGUGUCGGUUAUUAUCGGUACAUAUUCGUGCUUUAUAAGCAAACGCGGCGUAUAGAUUACACGGAAUACAAAAAGAAUCAACCUUGUUUACAGUUGAACGAACGCAACUGGAGUACAUUGGAAUUUUAUCGUAAACAUCAGGACCAUCUUACUCCGGCUGGUUUAGCAUUUUAUCAAAGCGAUUGGGAUCCCACGGUGACGGAGUUUUAUCAUUCCAUGUUAGAUACGAAAGAACCGAUAUUUCAGUAUGAUUUUCCAAAACCGUACAUCAAACCGCAGAAAUGGUUUCCAUUGAAAGAAGCAUUUAAUCUAUAUAUGGACAGGUACAGAGAUCCCAAAGAGAUAAUGAAAGAAUAUCUAUUAAGAAAAUUAAAAAACGUUCAUCCUUUUAAAGUACCAAAACCACCUCUGAAAUAUCCCAAUGCAUAUGCUCUCGACAAGGAUCUACCCUCUUGGCUAAAAACGGAAAUGAAAAAGGAACGUUUGGGAUGGGGUCGAGUUAAUGACUUGAAAUGAAAUAAUGUGUUAUAAAAAAAAAAGAAAAAAAAAUAUGAAUACAUAAAUAAAUAAAAGGAAUGAUAUAGCACAGUUACUACUACUAUAUACGAUACAAAGAGUUUUGUUAACAAAUUGUGUAUGUAUAUCAUAGGAAAGACAAUCCAGA